CACCCCCUUACCUGAAUGCGCGGUCAAGGGCGCCGGGCGGGGCGUGCUCGCGCUUUACGGGGCGCCCUUUCCGCCGCCUGGGAAUGCGCGUUUCUCGCCGGGCAGCGGCUCUUCCGGGCUUCCGUAGGCGGCUUUCCCCGCUGCCAUGGCGACGGCGCCCGGCUUGUGUUGGUGCCGCUGGGGCUCCCUCGCGCCGCUGCCAUGUCCUCGCUGGCGCGGCCCGAGCCCGCCCGGCCCCUCGCCCUGGCCCCGGGCCUGGCCCCGUCCCGCUCCCCGUCCUGGGCCGCAUCCCGCUCCCCGUCCCGGCGGGCCGGCGCGGACUGGCGCCGCGACAGCUCGGCCGCCCGGGCGGCGGGCGCGGAGGUCGGCGCCGGCCAGGAUAUUCAGCUGCAGUCUCUGGAUCUUAAUCGCAUCAUCAAGCUGCUUGAAGAGUCAAACUCAAAUAAUUUGGAAGAAAAACAGCUGCAAAUUCUCCAGAAGGUAGUGACGCACUUCGAGAAUGGGCUUCCUCUUAAGGACUUAGCAGAGAUAUUUAAAAUUCUUAACCUAUGUGCAGAAAAAAUUCAAGACCGGGAAGCUUUCAUUGAGCCUACAUGUGAAAUUCUUAAAAUAUGUGGGUUACCAUUUUUAAAAAAUAAAUUAUCUGAUGAAAUAAACUAUACCAAGACAGUCUCAGAAUCAAUUGCACAACUUGGUUACUUAAUGAGGGUGCCAAGUUCUCAAGUCAGGAUACAAAUUUGUAAAUGUAUCAUUAGCUUUUAUGAUGCAAAACCACCAAGAAAACAGCUUUCAGGUUAUCAGCGAACAGUUGCAAACUAUAAGAUACAAAUGGCUGAAUUAGGAGGAUUAGCAGAAACUCUAGUUUUGUCACUGGCAUUAGUUGAGAAUCAACUUGCUGAGAAGUUAUGGGUACUUAAAGCCUUACAGCAUCUUUCCAGCUCUGGAGUAAAUUGCAAACUUAUGAUGAAAGCCCAAGCAGCCAGUAGAAUCUGUUCUCAUCUAAAUGAUGUUGAUCCCUCUGGACAACUACUGUUUCGUUCAUCAGAAAUCUUAUGGAAUUUAUUAGAAAACACCCCCCAGGAAGAAAUUGUUAAUCAGCUCAGUAACUUGGAAUGCAUAUAUGCCUUAAAGGAAGUAUUUAUGAAUCUACUUAUGCAUGGUUUCCGCCAUUAUGAUCGACAACUAAGAAAUGACCUCUUAGUGAUAGCCACCCUCAUAGCUGAAAACCUUGAAGCACCAAUGAUUGAAAGUGGUUUUACCAAGCAGUUAAUACUAUUAGCAACAUUUAGUGAAGUUAAAAUCUAUAAUCACUUGUCAAGAGGAUUUAAAUUUACCUACAGUUACGAGGAUUUUGAGAUGAAAAAGUUGCUGUUUAACAUUGUUGCAGUCUUAGCUAAGGAUCUCUGUGCUGUACAGCUACUUAGUGAGGGGAAAGUGAUCCUAGCAUUAUUUUAUUAUGUAAAACCAAAUGAAAAGCCUGGUGUUCAUGAUUGGUCUGCUGCCCAGUAUGAAGAAUUACAGCUUCAUGCAAUUGCUACCUUAGCUUCAGUGGCUCCUUUGUUAAUAGAUGACUAUAUGACCUGCCAAGGGAAUACUCGGCUCCUUAUGUUCCUGGAAUGGUGUGUGGGCCAAGAUCCCUUCUUUGGUCAAGGUAACAGUUUCCAUGGUACAGGUGGUCGUGGCAACAAACUUUCACAAAUGCGCUACAGUCUGAGAGUGCUGAGACCUGUGGUGUCCCUUUGUGACAAUGCUGUGAACCUCGAUCUCUGUGAUCAGGGAGCAAUUAGCCAGCUGUUAGAUCUCUUAAAGUAUGCAGCAAACAUAUCUAAAGAAAAGGAAGAUGCCAUCAUACUGGAGAUUCAGACUGAUAUAUUACUCAUCCUGUCUAUUGUUUGUGAGAAUGAUCUCCACAGAAAGGAGCUCUUUGGCUGUGAAGGAGUGGAUAUACUUAUCCCAUUACUGAAGAUGGAUCCUAAGAAGUUCUAUAGUGGAUUAGGUCACAAUCGACUCCUUUUUAGCACACUGGAUUGUUUGUGGUGCUGUGUCAUGGGAUGUUACAUUGCAGAGGACUAUUUUCUCGAGAAAGAGGGCAUUUUUCUCCUUCUGGAUUUAUUGGCAUUAAAGCAAAAGAACAUGUGCAACUUAAUCCUUGGAAUAUUGGUUGAAUUUUGUGACAAUCAUAAAACCGCUUCUCACAUCAACACCUGGCGAGGGCACAAAGAUCAGACGGCAGCUAGCCUUUUAAUCCAGUUGUGGAGACAAGAGGAGAAGGAACUGGGAGUCAAACAGGACUCAAAUGGAAAAAUUAUUGAUCCAAAGAAACCUUUGGUUACCAGUUUCCAAAAACAGCAAGGAGUGAUGCCGAUGUCUGCCAACUGCCCCAGCAUUGCUAUCCUGGAAGUCUCUGAGAAUAUGAGGGCAAAAAUUUAUUCUUUAUUGUAUAAAAUAGGCUUCGAAAAUUUGCCUGGUUUGUCUGCUAAGGAUUUUGUCACGCUUGCCAUCAUACGUCGUUAUCUUGACUUUAAAGUUGGGGAAGUCUGGAAUGAAGUGCUUGCAGAACUAAAGGAAGAGGAGUUCAGACCAGUGACUCCUGAUCAGGAAGCCUUGAAAGUUAUUUCAGAGGUGACAGAAAGUGUUGGAAAGAUGGUUGCUGCUCUUCAGACUGAAAUGCUUGAAAGUCACCAACAUCAGGAACUCCAGGAGGAAGAAAAGAUUUAUACAAAAAUUCAAGCUAUCCAUAAGCAAAAAGAAAUGGUGAAUAAAUCUUGGGAAAACUUUUUGACUCGGACAUCAAAUUAUGAGGCUUUAAAGAAAGCAAAAAGACUUCAGGAAAAAUCAGUAGAAGCUUCUAGAUCAAAGUCAAGGUCACAAAAUGCAACCACCCACUCAACUGAAGUAAAAGGCCUAAAUACAACAGUUGCAUCUGGUCGCUUAGUAACUGUAGAAAGUACGCCUUCUCAAUUAACUGGAGGGCCACUGGCUGAUACAGACCUUUCUCUUGGAAAGAUCUCUGUUCGUGGAGGAGCCUUAAAAAAAAUCAAAGGAGUUAAAGUGUUGGACCCAUUCAAAAAAGAUUCAGUAUCUAUAAAAUAAACACUGGCUGGGAGUAUUUCAGACGGUGCUUUUUAUUUUUUCUUAUUCAUACAUAUAGUAUAUUUUAGGCGGCCAAAUAUUUGUAAAAUAUAAUCUAUUUGUAUUGCUUUGAUAAAAAUGCAUAGAAAAUACUAUGAAAUGAAUAAGUAUAGAUUAAAAUAUAUUUUGUUUUAUACACAGUAAUGGAAACAUCAAGGUGUUUAUGAAUAAAGAAGUCCAUGCAGUA